GUGGGCGGAGCUUGUGCGUCGAACUCGGGACGGACGUUCUACGUGGGAGGAAUGCAGUGCGCGCGCGCGCAUGACGCAGUUGCCCAUGGUAACCGGGAGCCGCGUAGAGGAUGGGUUUGCUGUCAAUUCUGCGCAAAUUGAAGAGUGCACCAGACCAGGAGGUAAGAAUCCUCCUCCUGGGAUUGGAUAAUGCAGGCAAGACCACACUUUUGAAACAACUAGCAUCUGAAGACAUCACCCACAUUACUCCCACACAGGGUUUUAACAUCAAAAGUGUGCAAGCACAAGGUUUCAAGCUGAAUGUGUGGGACAUUGGUGGACAGAGGAAGAUCAGGCCAUACUGGAGGAAUUAUUUUGAGAACACUGAUAUCCUGAUUUAUGUCAUUGAUAGUGCAGAUAGAAAGAGAUUUGAAGAAACGGGUCAGGAGCUAGCGGAACUCUUAGAUGAAGAGAAGCUAAGUGGUGUUCCUGUGCUCAUCUUUGCGAACAAACAAGAUUUGCUGACGGCAGCCCCUGCUGCAGAGAUUGUAGAGGGUCUGAACUUGCACACGAUCCGUGACAGAGUCUGGCAGAUUCAGUCUUGUUCGGCCCUCACAGGAGAGGGUGUGUCGGAUGGCAUGAACUGGGUCUGCAGAAAUGUCAUUGCAAAGAAGAAGUAAAUGAACUGCGUUGCAUGGAAUUGGACGGGCUGCAGGAGCCAAACACGCUAGCUGGCUGCUAGCAUCUGACCAAAUAUUUUUCCAUCUGUGUGCAGCUAUAGCUGUUAGAAAUGGGAACAGCAGCUAAGCCUACUGCCCAAAUUCGAACUUUACCUUCUCUCUAGUAUCAUUUCCCUCCACAUAUGCAUUUCUUCCCCCCACCCCUACCCCUUUUGGCAUAAAUAGUAUUGAGAGUCUCCACAUUCAUCUGACUAAAGAAUAAGAACUGAAAACAGGAGCAGAUUGAAGUCUGCCAUAAAGACUUCCAAUGGGUUCCGCAGAGUGUAGGAUGAUCAUAGCAACGUGUACGGGAGCCUGCUUCAGUUCUCAAGUCACUCAGGAUGCUCACCUGGUGCCACUCAAAGCUUUUCUCAUCAGCAAAUGAGCUGAUGCUUUAUUAGCAUCUGUGCUUCAGUUUUAAAACAAUACAUUACUUUGUAGAAUGCUGGCAAGACACUCCUAUGGCCUCAUGAAGAGCCUUUAUUAUAGCGAGAUACCCAGGUGUCUGCCCUUCCUUUCACAGAGACCUGAGUUGUAACUCAAGUUCUUAACAGUCUGAAUGUUAGAAGCAUCAGAGUGCUAGAGCUGCUGUCAUUAUCAAAUAAAACAGUGUCAGACUGCA